CGUCGUCAUCCUCUCCACCAGCAAGCUGAGCUGAGCUCGGGGCCAUCGUGCAUCGAUCUUCCCAUCAACCAGAUCCAGCAACCAACGUUAGACCUGGCGGUGCCCGUCGAGAGAUAUACCGCCCGACCCGGUCGUAGAACGCCCCCUCGAUUGAAGUCUACACAACGAUCACGAAUACGAUCAAUCGGCUCGGUCUGGCCCCAGUCGCGCGUGCUCCGACCGUCGGCUGUUAAACUGCCUCCAAGCAAACAACACCAGCAACCAACCAUUACAAUGUCCGAGGAUCGCCUAUGGAAGUUCCGCAGGCCAGAAUGGCUCAACAGCGUCUGGGCGCGUAAUGCGGGGGUAUAUGCCGCUGGCGGCCUGUUCUCCCUCGCCUUCUACACCCUCCUCGACUCGGCCGUCUGGUCCAAGUCGGGCCUCAACGGCUCCAACCUGCACGUCACCUUUGUCGACUGGCUGCCCUUCAUCUUCUCGAGCCUGGGCAUGCUCAUCAUCAACAGCGUCGAGAAGGCGCGGCUGUCGGCCGACUCGUUCUCGUACUCGGGCUCGGGCGUCGCCUGGAAGGCGCGCGUCGUGCUCUUCCUGGGCUUCGCGGCGCUCGCGGGGGGCAUGGCCGGCGGCGUGACCGUGUUCGUGCUCAAGUUUGCCGUCCCGGGCGUCCCCUUCCCCGCUCUGACGAUGGGCGUCGAGAACCUGGUUGCCAACGCUUUGGUGGGGUUGAGCUCGGUCGUCCUUUGGGUAAGCCAGAACAUGGAGGACGAAUAUGCAUACAACCUUUCUCUCUGAACCCUGUCGUGAUAGCAUUAUAAUCACUGCAACCUCUGCCGUUCUUGUAUGGGCUAUUGACCACUAGGGACACUUUUCUUUGAAAGCCAUAGGGUGAAGGCUCGCCUUAUUUGGGACACGGGUCGGAAUGUUGAGCGGUCCGUUGAUAUGGCGUUCUCUGCGCUUGAUAUGGCAUACCGAGGUUCUUUGCUACGAUGGAUGAGCUAGAGGCAGCAGGAGUUAUCAUCAUCCGUCCUUUUGCAUAAUCCAAAGGCUGGAUUGUCGAGUACCUUGAUGACGACCGAAGAGAUGUGGCGACCAUGCGAUUGUCACACCGAGGCCACAGAAGCCUCAUCGUUGGCAUCAGGCCCAAACACCGAGCCCUUCCGCGAGGCAUCCUCAACUACUUUGCAACAAUACGACGGCGACCAUGUCGAUCGAGCACACACCGGAAGAAAUUUCUUUGACAAUGAGAAAGGUCGUACAAAGUUGCGCAGACUCGACGAGCGUUUGCCGUAGAACCAGAUCUGCAACCCUCCGCCCCAGGAAACGACUCGCGCGGCCCGGGUUGGAAUCUGAAACACCUGCACUGCCGUCUCCGAAAGCAGGCGACAUGCAGUCUCCUUCUUUCUUGGGCCAAUUACUUUCCAGCUGCAAUCGGCCCUCGGACUUCGGCAAAGAAAAAACAAGGGUCCUCGUCAGUUCCAACCUUGGACCCUGAACG